CCCACACACAAUACACAGCCUCGCUUGCUCCUUGGUCCAUAUACCGGUGCAGGCGCACAACGCACGUACCAUGCACUCACCAUGAACCUGAAGUAGCCGAGCUCUGAGCUAGCGGGGAACCAUGAAGUCGUCGUCGAAGAGCCACAGUCCAAGGAUAUCGUCGCCUCGAGCUCGCGGCACCGCGCCGCUACCGGCGGAGCCGUGGGCUCUCGCCGGCGUCGACGACACGUGCGUCAACGACGUGGAGAGCUUCGCGCGCACCGUGGCGGCCGUGAAGUCCAAGCCCCGCCCGGACCUGCUCGCCAGCGUGCUGUCCCACUACGCCGCCAAGUGGCUCCCGGAGGUGGCCUCGUCGGCCUCCGGCCGCUUCCUGCUGCCGCCGGAGAGCCCCACCGCGACGUGGCUCAAGAAGCGCCUCCUCCUGGAGUCCCUCGUGGCCGCGCUCCCGCCGCCGGACGCCGCGGCCGACGACGGCAUCACCUGCGACUUCCUGCUCAGGCUGCUCCGGGCGGGGAACAUGGUGGGAGCGGACGCGGCGCUGCUGCGGGAGCUGGAGGCCCGCGCGGCGCGGCGGCUGGACCAGGCAUCGUUGGCGGCCGUGAUGGUGCCGGCGUCCGGGCACGCGCCGGCGACGCUGCUGGACGUGCCGCUGGUGCUGCGGCUGGUGCGCGGGUUCCUCAAGGAGGGCGGGAAGGGCGCCGGCGGCGGCGCCAGCGCGAGGGUGGCAAGGCUGGUUGACGCGUACCUGGCGGAAGCAGCGCUCGAGGCCGGGCUGCGGCCCGUGGAGCUGGAGGAGCUCGCCCGCGCCGUGCCCGCACACGCGCGCGCCGCCGACGACGCGCUCUACCGCGCCGUCGACACCUACCUCAAGGCACACCCAGGCGCCGGGAAAGAGGAGCGGAAGUCGCUGUGGAGGCUGAUCGACGCGCGGAAGCUGUCAGCGGAGGCGGCGGCGCACGCCGUCCAGAACGACCGGCUGCCGGUGCGCUCCGUGAUGCAGGUGCUCUUCUCGGAGCACGGCAAGCUCAACCGCCUCGCCGACCUGGGCGCGUCCUUCAGCCAGGCGGCGGCGCUCGACCCCCAUUCGGGCAGCGGCCGGUGCCCCUCGAAGCGCGAGGUGCUGGCGCAGCACCAGGAGAUGCGCCGCCUGCGCGAGGACGUCGCCAGGCUCCAGGUGCAGUGCAGCGCGCUGCAGGAGCAGGUGGAGAGGCUGGGCUCGGAGAGGAGGAGGCGCGGCGGCGGUGGCGGUGGGUUCAAGUGGACCACGUUCUGGUUCGGUGGCGGCGGCGGCGGCAUGAGCGCGGACGUCGCGAGGAUCGAGGAGUCGGAGAGCGGCAUGGAGCGGCGGACGCCGGGGAGCGGGAUGAAGGGCAGGGCCGGCCUGGCGACGCCGACGCCGACCCGGCGGACCCCAAAGUGGCGCAAGUCCAUGUCGUGAUGUAAUCUGAAGUCGGCGCUGCUGAAUUUACAGGGGGUGUUUAUUCGUUU